GGAAAAAUAAAAAGCCCAAAAAGUUCGACUCUACGGGAAGAAUAAACGAGUUCUACAGCAACUUACGUAUGUUGUAGACGUUUCCUAACCGUGAAUCCUCCUGAUUCACACAUAUCUAUCUACAAAUUUCGAUUUCUACAAAUUUCUUUUCCCCAUCUUGAUACUAUUUCCACAGACUCUAAAUAAGAAAGAACCUUUUUGAUCGAAAAAGUAAAGAAUUGUACAGGAAUCAAGCCUUUGUACAGGAAUCAAGCCUUUUGUCAGAGAAAGUGAAAAGGGAAGAAUUUAAAAACGUAGAAAACAAUACAUGAGGCGACAUCUUGUUAAAUAAUAAAAAACUGCGUCUUGAAUCAGUCGGUAAAAUAGUACGUUGUUGUAUAAUGUAUAUGAUUGUAAGAAGAUUUCGAACCAAUCAAUGAAAAUCACUGGGAGAAGAUCAGAAUUAUAUUUAAUUACAUCAAGAAGCUGGCAAAGUAAUUUGAAAGUAACAUAAUAUCAAGAAUUCAGGUAUAUAAUCUCAAAGAGAGGUACAAAAAUCAGUUGAUUGAAUCAUUUCCAAAAACUCCCAGGACUUAAAAUGACGGAGAUUCCUGGCACAAGUUCGACCACUACUAUUUGCGAAUUAUGCAAUAAGCGCAAACGUUUGUAUACUUGUCCACGAUGUGGUAUAAGCUAUUGCGGAGCUGAAUGUUAUAAGUCAGAUACACAUACAGAUUGCUCCGAGAGCUUUUAUAGACAGUGCGUUGAGGAUGAGUUAAAGUCUCAGGAAAACAAUCCAGUUGCUAGACAAAAAAUGAUGGAAAUCCUUAAGAGAGUACACGAGGCUGACAUGGAAAAUGAUAUCUUGGAAAAUAAUUCAGAUAAGGAAAGCAUCAGUGAAGAGGAUUAUCCAUUGGAUUCAGAUGAUGAGCAAGAACUUCUUGAUUUGGAAACCAGAUUGCAGAAUGUCAAUUUGGAAGAUCCGAAUGAGCUCUGGUCAGCUUUAUCUGAAGCAGAGAGGCAAGAAUUUGAAGCAAUGAUAAAAAAUGGAGAAGCAGAAAAGCUGUUGCCUAAAUGGGUGCCAUGGUGGACUUGUCGUGUAGAAAAAAAAUUAAUUCGGCCAAUUGAAGAGGACAUUAAGGAUGCUUAUAGCGAUUUAAAAUAUCCUGAUUUGAUAGAUGUACCAUUAUUUAAUGAAUUGCAGAAAGCAUCUCCUUUUGUACCCUUUAAUGUGACAAAUGUGAUAUAUGCUUAUGCAUAUGUUGCUCUUUACUAUAUUGGAGAUUAUUUAAACUGUGCCGAGGAAGCUGCCCAUGUUUUUCUGAUUAUCUGUGAAAACAUGAGAAAUAAUGAAAUCUUCAAAGAUAUGGACUCUGCAAUUGAAUCCGUUGUAGGCAACGUAAAAAAUGUCGAUUGGUUGCCACAAGAUGAACAAACUAUAACAGCACUAAGAGAAGCUGGUGCUUCUAUUUUGCAAGGACCAGGCAUUGAAAUGAAAACCAUUUAUAUAUCCGCGGCACUUUCCGAGCUUCAUCGAUUACUGACAACAGCGAAGAAAGAAAUUUCAACUGGCAAGAGUGACAAUCGGGAAUUCACGAAGAAAUUUUCACAAAAACUUAGCAACGGCACAAGCCUAUCGAAAAAGAAUAUACUUCUGUGUUCAAAAAAGAUAGAGUAUUAUUUAUCAUGGGUGAAAAGUGCUGAGACAGAAAUCUUAUAAAUAUAUAACGUGAAAUUAUUUAUUAAAACUGG